AUUCUGUAACAAACGCAUUAUUUGGACAUUUGCGCAGCGAUCAGCAUUUCAGUGGUUUGGUGGUUCAGUGAUUCUAUGUGAAUUAAUCAGUGCUAGUUUCCAAAUGGCUACUACACUCUAUGUUGGUGAUCUUCACCCUGAUGUGACCGAGUCCAUGCUCCUGGAGAAAUUCAGCUCUGUUGGGCGAGUUUGUUAUCUCUGCCUCUGCUUGAGCACCAGCACAUCCUUCCAACACGCUUUUAUCAUCUUUCAGCAUCGGACCGAUGCUGAGCGCGCUUUGAAGCUGCUCAAUUUUGACAUCCUUUUGGGUCAGCCCAUGCGCAUCAUGUGGUCCCAGAGUGACUCAUCCCACAGAAACAGCUACGAGGGAAAUAUCUUCAUCAAGGGCCUGGAGAAGUCCAUCGACAGCAUGGCCCUUUACGACACCUUCUCCACCUUUGGCAACAUCCUCUCAUGCAAGGUGGUGUGUGAUGAAAAUGGGUCCAGGGGAUUCGGAUAUGUACACUUUGAGAGUGCCGAGGCUGCCGAGGCUGCCAUCAAGAGGCUAAAUGGCAUGCUCUUUAAUGACCACUACGUGUUUAUCACACACUUCAAGUCCCGCCAGGAGCUCCAAGAGCAGAAGAAGGAAGAGAGACAUCCUAAACCUCAACAUAAGUUUGAGCAGUGUGUGAACCUGUGUCUGAGGAAUCUUGAUGUCUCUGUGGAUGACGAGCGUCUACAUAAAGAGUUCUCACCUUUUGGAACCAUCAUCCACGCAAAGGUGAUGGGGACCGACGGCUGCUCUGGAGGGUUUGGGUUUGUGCGCUUCUCCUCUCCGGAGGAGGCCACAAAGGCUAUGAGUGAGAUGCAGGGAAGGAUGCUGGACAGAAGGGCGCUGCACAUCCGUCUGAUUCAGCGCAAAAAGGAGAGACAGACUUCCCUCUCCAAUCAGGGGACACAGGCUGCCCCAAAGGCUGUAGUAAACCACCAUCACCCUGCACCCUCCUGUGACAAAAUCAUGGAUGCUAUUCCUCAGGCUCAGAACUCCACUGAUAAUAGCACAAGCGUCCAUCAAGUCAAGCCUCAUCCAAGUACACACAAGUUUACGCAGGACUUCCAGCUGCAGAGUUUCCGCAACAUCCCGGAAGUGAUUGCACCUGCAAUGACACAUCCGGAGGCCAAUCAAGUGGUAGCUAUGGCUAAAGAAACCCAAACUAUAGUCAUGGACACUGUUCCAGCUGUAGUUUCGGUUGCAGCUCCCACUGCAGCUAAAGCUGUACUACCUACAAUUCUGGCUGGGAGUAUAAAAGCAGUACCGGCUGUAGUACCAGCUGCAGGUUGGAAACCAAUACCGACUGCGAGUAUAAAAGCAGUACCAGCUGCAGUGCCAGCUGCAGGUUGGAAACCAAUACCGACUGUGAGUAUAAAAGCAGUACCAGCUGUAGUGCCAGCUGCAGGUUGGAAAUCAAUACCGACUGCGAGUAUAAAAGCAGUACCAGCUGCAGCAACUCCAGCACCUGUGAUAGAUGAGCAGCUGACCAAGGACACACAGCAGUCCCAGGAUACACAGGUUGAGCAUUGCUUCGGGUGAGGGAAGCUGAUCAGCACGUGCGCUGCACGUUCAUAUUAAUGUACUUGGUUUCCUGCGAGCUUCAUAUCUGACUGCCCUCAUGCACCCAAAUGAAAGUAAAUACCUCCAACUCACAUGACCUUUUGUUGCAUCCUGAGCAAUCCCAAUCCUGAUGCACACCUCUAGUCUACACUCAGAAUAGAGCAACUAUUAUCUGGUCAUUUUGAAUAUUACACACUCUGUCAGAUGGUGAUAGGUUACACUCCAUCACAAGUGUCCAAAAUAAAGAGCUUCAAUAGAACACAUGAGCAAUUAAGAUAUUUUUUAAUGCCAUAAUAAUUAUUUAGACUAGUUCGACACUAGCAAUGAGAGUACAAUAUUGUGAUAAUAUCAUCAACUGUAAUAAAAAGUUUGGCAAUUAUCAUGAUAUAUCAAAAUAAUAAUCAGUGCAUGCCUACUUUUC